AUGUCAUCCAAGAGCCAGUCAAGUGUUCUUCAUAAAUUCAAGGGAGUCAUCUUUUCUACCAUGUCUUCAGAAGAACUUCUAAAUUCCCUGGAUUCUUUUGAGGCAAGAGAGGAUGAUGUGUUUCUGGUUUCCUAUCCAAAAUCUGGCACUCACUGGAUUGCAAAAGUCAUUGAGAACAUUCCCAAUGCUAGAAUUACCCUAACACCUCCUAUUGAAUUGGGAGACAUUUCUAAAUUCGAAGAACUAAAAACAUACUGUGAGAGGAGAGUUAUUCCAACACAUUUGAGCUACAGCAUGCUACCAAUGAAUAUUAAACAGAAACAGUGCAAGAUUAUCUACAUCGUUAGGAAUCCAAAAGAUAUAGCUGUUUCAUUCUUCCACUACUACAGGGAUAACCCUAAUCUCCCUAGCAUUGAAACCUGGCAUGAAUUUUUUGAGCUGUUCCUAAAAGGAGAUGUUGUAUAUGGAUCCUGGUUUGAUCACGUUUUAAGCUGGGAAGAACACAAAAAUGCUAAGAACAUUUUAAUUAUAUCCUAUGAAGAGAUGAAGAAAGAUCCUUCUAAAAACAUAAAGAAAAUAACUACUUUCCUCGGUUUAAACGUGACUGACAGUGAGAUUAAUCAAAUUGUUUGGAAAACAUCAUUCACUGAAAUGAAAAAUAACACAGCCAAAGAAAACUGUGAUCCAAAUCACACCAUCUGCGCCCUCACUUCUAACAGGAACCUGGUAUUUAGGAAAGGGGCAGUGGGUGAUUGGAUAAACUACUUCACUUCAAAGCAGAAGAGAGUAUUUGAUGAACUAUUCACAGAGAAAAUGAAGCAUAGUGAACUAGCAAAACACUUUGAAGAUUACUCUUAA